CAUUUUAGUCUGCUUCAUCAGGGAGGAAACCCGGAAACUAAAUCUAAUAUGCAUGGACACCGCGAAAACCUAAAAAAUCAAAACUGCAAUUCUAUUAUAGACCGAUCGAUUGUCUCUAUUGAGCCCUACAUUAUCGACAAGUCUCUGAAUGAGUUUGGGCGCGAGAUGGUGGAAGAGUUCGCCGCUGACGGGCGAUGCGAUCGUGCUAGAGCAAUUUUUUCUGUCUCCUUCCGAAUGCCUCGUAAUAAGAGCAUAAUGACACUCGAUUCGCGUUUAUACGCCCGUGCCAAAUUGUCGUCGUCAUUCGCCUUCUUCGUCGAUUGUUGAUUAUGUCGUGUGCUCGCGUUGCGAAAUAUAAUGCGCGAGAGUGUCACUAACUGAGCGGAGAAAAAAGUAUGGCACGUCCCAAGCACAGAGUGAGCGCAGACGUGUGCGCCGAUUGCGGGGCACUCGAGCCAGGAUGGGCAUCAAUAAAUAGAGCUAUUCUGUUAUGCGAUGAUUGUUGCGGGAUUCAUCGUAGCCUGGGUCGUCAUGUGUCGCAUAUUAAGUCAUUGCAUAAGAGUACUUGGAAUACACAGCUAUUGAAUAUGGUGCAUACAUUGAAUGAUAAUGGAGCCAAUAGUAUUUGGGAACAUUCCCUGCUAGAUCCUAGUAACUCAAAGAUUAGUAGAAGAAAACCACAGGCCAAGGAUCCUCUACAUCCUAUAAAGGCAGAGUUUAUUAAAGCAAAGCAUCAACAUUUGGCCUUUAUAUUACGACCGAGUAAGGAAGAAUGUUGUACUGAAGAAGAACUCAAUAGACAGUUGCACAGUAGUGUUCGCACAAGCAAUUUAGAGACUUCAUUGAGGCUAUUGGCACAGGGAGCUAAUCCCAAUUACUUUUACAAGGAGAAAGGAACUACUCCUUUGCACGUUGCAGCUCGUGCUGGGCAAGUUCUUCAAGUAGAACUUUUAAUAGCUAAUGGUGCAAAUCCAAGCGUAAUAGAUUUAAAUGAUCAGACAGCCGCUGAUAUUGCUAAAAUGGCAGGACAUAUUGAUUUGUCUGAGCGCAUAAUUGAAUGCAUGUAUGAAGUAACAGAUAGAUUAACAUACCAUGUAUGCUCUCGUAAGCCAAAUCAUCGAGGUGAUGAACAUCUCAUUAUUUCUGACUUGGCUUCUAAUGUUGACAAGAACGAGCUGGCUUUAGAAAGAAGAAAUAGACUACAAAUGUUACCCAACCACUUAUUGGAGGAAUUAGCUAUGGAUGUUUACGAUGAGGUAGAUCGCCGAGAAACAGAAACAAUUUGGUUUUCGACUGCAUCCCUUCCGGAGAAGUGUACCGUACCAUUCCUGCCGGUUAAUCCGCAGAUAUCGUCCACGAGGAAUCAAGGAAGACAAAAGUUAGCAAGAUUUACGCCGAAAGAAUUCACCACUCUCAUUGUAGAUUUACUGGUGGAGGCGGGCCGAAGACAUAUGCUUUCUAACAACACACUUCAAAAUCCUGCGGUAUCUAUACUUCGGAAAGAACAACUCGGUAAACACGGAUCACAGGUUUCCGAUGACGAGCCUUUGUACGACAGUGUCGCGUCUGAUGAUGACUACGCUUUGACAUCUACAGAUAAUACUUCGUCUGACGUUUCAAAUCAACCCAAAGUCGAUAACGAGGAAGCAUUUACACCGAUGGCUAAGGGUCUCCCAUCCAUGGUAGAAGUCUUGAAGAAACAACUGACCUUGUCCGAAUCAACUGUACAAGAUCUGCGCGAGCAAGUGCAUACUUUACAGAUCACGGUUGAGCAGCUCACUCAAGAGAACAGCGAAUUGAAACACAUGUUACAAGUAAAGAAUUCCGGCGAUGGCAAUAUAAACGGACACGUUGGUGGAGAACAAGAACCAGAACUGGAGCCAGUGCACGACAUCAAGACAUCUACUAUCCGAGGUAAUCAACGACCGGCGUCUAUGUACGAAACGAGAGAAGGCUUACGGAAACCGGCGUCGUGGUCGACAACCAUUUGCCAAACGAAGCGCGACGCGGAAUCAUUAUCGCGGAAUAACACGCAGAGCCUGUGGGAAUGUGGUGCUCCUAAUCUUCCGCCCAGCGAAGAAGUGACUCGACGAACGGAACAAGUUACCAGGCGGAUCCAAGAGCUGUGGUUAGCCAUGCAAGAUCCGAACCAACGAGAAGCUUUUGUCCCUUGUGCGGAAAGAAUACGCGUUGCUGUUGCUGAAUUGACCGCCAUAUUUCCUCAGAAUCCUAUAGAGGAGAAUAUUAGAUCUGCAUUACGCCAAUUGAACGGCAAUACCGGGAGACUUCAAGCGGAAUGUUCCGGCCUUCAAAGAUGCACGAGUGAUGCCGAGCACAUGGAUCGUUGUCUGCAGCAAGUACGUUCAUGCGCUUACGAUAUUGCCAAAGCAACCAAGACUCUUGUCACGCAAUUUCAAACGUUGUAGAUCGCAGGCUUUGACGUCAUAGCGACAGUAUCAGAUAUUGUACGCAUCAUUAUUUCUGUAUAUCUUCAACAAUAACUGUACAUAUUUUUGUAUAGCGCAUCAAGUUCAUUUCCUCUCAAACUUUUUAUUACUUUACAUAUAUCUAUUUCGACAGUAGUUCUCCCCCGUUUUAUUUUUCUAUCUUUUUAAUUUUGUUAAAUUUAAUGUAAAUACAAAGUAUUCUUUUCAUCUAUUAGAAUUACUAUUUUAGUAGAUUACCGCGAGUUAGAUCACUGAAAUUAUACAUUUUACAUUAUUUAAAUAUGUUUGCAUGCAUGAUCUAACACACAAGACAUGACAUCGUUUGAGUAUAGAUUUUAUAUUAUGUAUCAUCUCUUUAAUAUUUGUAAAAGACUGAAUAGCGGCAAACCAAUGAACUCUAUACAUAUGCAGUUUAAGUUUAUAGAUUUUGUUUAACUCGUAUAAAACAAAAUUUUGCGUAAGAAAAAUAAAAAAAAAAGAUGUAAGCGUCACAUCAUUUAUGUACUAGGAUAGAGAGCACAUCUUUAGUGGGACAGCAUUAUAUUAAAUAUUAUUUUUACUUCAUUUCUUAUGUGUAUUUUAUGUAAGAAAUAGAAAUAGAGACACAGAGAUGAAAAACAAUUUGCCUUUUAUUGAUGUAGCUGUCUCUCUAAAAUAUUGCUUUUGUUAUAUUAUACCUAUAUAAGAAUAAAAAACAAAAAUAGUUAGAAGUCUAUAUUGUAUAUGUUAUCCAUAAUGGAAUUUAACAAUUGUAUUAGCAAUAUUUAGUUUAAAAUAACUGAUGUGAAAUGUUUCAAAAAAUUUUUAUAACUUUUUUUAUUUAAUAUACUUCUUUAAUUUGCUUUUCGAAUUGUGUUAGUUAAAUUGUGAAUCUAAUUUUUUACAAUUAUUUUAUAUUUUGUCAGCAGUUGCAACACACACACACACACACACACAUACAUACACACACACACACACACACUAGAAAACAAUAGUAAAUAUUUAAAAGAUAAUACAGAUUUAUCAUCUGUAUCAUUUUAUUGAAUUUUUUCAACUUUUCUUAUCAUUAUUCAAAAAUUAUAUAUGACUUUCUCAUCUUCAUAUUUCUAUAUUUUAUAGCUUCUUGACAUUUCUAUCGAAUACAUCACUAUCGGGAACAAAAUGUGCAAUAUUGUUAGUAAAUUAUUAUUUACCUCAGACAAACAUGGAAAUGAUCACGCUCAUUAAAUAAAAUACUAUUCGUACAAUACUAUUCUGUUAAAUUUGUGCAAUGAGUCGUGUAAUAAUAAGUGGAAUAAUGUGACAAUAUAUAAUACAUACAUAUCUCUGUAUAUCUUUAUUACUAAAAUAUAUAUAUUACAAAUAAUGUAACAGUAAUAUAUAUGGCAGUCAUUUAAACGAAGAUAUGUGUAUUCUUGUCGUAAAAAUAUAAUAUUAACUAUAUAGAGUAGCUGUAAUAUAUUUGUAACACUUGAUACAUAGAAUUCACUUAAUACUCAUAGGAUGUCCAAUUUAUAUAUUUCUCAUACUUGGCCAGUUAUAUAUAUACAUAUUAUAUAUAUAUAAUAUACGUGACAUAUUAUAAGAUUUAUCUAUGACUAGCAUACUAUAUAUAUUUUUAAGUUAGAUAGGGGAGACUGGGGCUAGUUGGUUAAAAAAUUUUGUAUAAGGAAAAUUAGGGUGAAUUGGCAAAAUCGAUUAUUUCUACUGUUCUUUAACAUAUUUCAGAAUAUUUCAAGCAAGCAAAGAUUUCAAAGCCAUUUUUGGCCAUGUUUAUAAAUCUUGCUUGUUUAAUUCUGACUUAUUAGAAAAUAGCGGAAAUACUCGGUUUUGCCAACUUACCCCGGUAGCCAAGUAGCUUCGUUCUCCCUACAGCUCAAUUGUUAACGUUAUACAUCUCAUGAUUGUACAAUAUCAAUUGCAUUUUAAAAGAACAAUGUUGAUUCUAUUUUGAAGUUUAUAAUUGCAAAGUAUUAUAGAGUUUAGGAAGAAACAUCACAUUUUAUUACAACGAGAACUACGAUUUCGAUCGUACGAUCUAUAACGUUAACACACAUGUUAAUUAUAUACAUCAAUAUAUAUAUAUAUAUAAAUAUACUUACUAAUGAAAAUAACCAAAUAUAUAAUCUGUGAAACCAUG